GGCUGCCCAGCUGAUCCGUUCGCUCUGUUGUCUGGGAAUAAAGAAGUGUCACAGGUCAUGGCUCCCUGGCCUGAGGUGGAAAAGCCUGAGACCAAUAACUAUAUUGGGGACUCUUCCAGACAAAACCAGAACAUGGCUGGGAAAGAAGGAGAAAAUCACAAAGGCAACGUGGCUUCACUUGGAAAUAAAGGGGAAAUUCAACCUGCAUUUUCCACAAUAGCCUUGAUAGAUGAGACAAGGCCAGAAGAAGUAGACCCAUGGGCUCUGCCAGACCUGCAGGACACUGGGGUCAAGUGGUCAGAACUGGAUAGAAAAGGAAAAAUCAUUCGUGUACUCUACGGGAUAGGGAAGUUUAUUAUGCUACUUGGAUUGCUCUACUUGUUCGUGUGUUCUCUGGAUGUACUGAGCUCUGCUUUUCAACUGGUAGGAGGUAAAGCAGCAGGGGACAUCUUUCAAGAUGAUUCAGUGCUGUCUAAUCCUGUUGCGGGACUGGUGAUUGGAGUUCUGGUGACUGUUAUGGUCCAGAGCUCCAGCACUUCUUCAUCCAUUGUGGUCAGCAUGGUAUCCUCCACACUGCUGACUGUUCGAUCAGCUAUUCCUAUCAUAAUGGGGGCAAACAUUGGCACCUCAGUUACAAACACAAUUGUGGCACUCAUGCAAGCUGGUGACAGGAAUGAAUUUAGAAGGGCCUUUGCUGGGGCAACAAUCCAUGAUUUCUUUAACUGGCUCGCUGUGUUUGUGCUGUUGCCCAUUGAAGUUAUUUCUGGCUAUCUUUACCAUCUCACCAAUGCUAUAGUUGAGUCCUUUCAUCUCGAAAGUGGUGAGGAUGCCCCUGAGCUACUAAAAGUUAUCACAGACCCCUUUACAAAGCUCAUCAUUGAGCUUGAUAAAUCAGUAAUAAAUGCAAUUGCUACGAAUGAUGAAUCAGCAAAAAACAAAAGCCUGGUAAAGAUUUGGUGUGUAACUGAAACCAAUGUGACACUGCAGAAUGUCACGAUUCCACCUUCAGAAAACUGCACAUCUCCUGACCUUUGCUGGACUGAAGGAAACGUGACAUGGACCAUGAAAAAUGUAACUGAAACAGACUAUAUCAGUAAAUGCCGGCACCUUUUUGCAGACGCAGACCUGCCUGAUAUUGCCAUCGGUCUCAUCCUCCUGGCUUUGUCCCUGCUUGUUCUGUGCUCCUGUUUGGUGAUGAUCGUUAAGCUAUUAAACUCUGUGCUUAAAGGACAAGUGGCGAGCGUUAUCAAGAAGACAAUCAACACUGAUUUUCCAUUUCCUUUUACUUGGCUAGCUGGAUACCUGGCUAUGCUCGCAGGGGCUGGUAUGACCUUCAUUGUCCAAAGUAGUUCUGUUUUCACUUCUGCUAUUACACCCCUUGUUGGCAUUGGUGUUAUAAGCAUUGAGCGUUCUUAUCCCCUUACCUUAGGAGCUAACAUUGGCACAACCACAACAGCUAUACUUGCAGCUUUAGCAAGCCCAGGGAGUACCUUAAAAUAUUCAUUACAGAUUGCCUUGUGCCACUUUUUCUUCAAUAUCUCUGGGAUUAUUCUGUUUUACCCACUACCUUUUACUCGGCUGCCAAUCCGCAUGUGCAAGACCUUGGGAAACAUAACAGCCAAGUACAGAUGGUUUGCUAUAUUUUAUCUUCUCGUCUGCUUCUUUCUUUUGCCUUUGUUUGUAUUUGGUCUGUCACUGGCAGGCUGGCCAGUCCUUUUGGGUGUUUGCCUUCCCCUGUUUACUCUUUUUAUUGCUGUGAUUGUAAUUAACAUUAUGCAGUCGAAGCGGCCACAUUCACUGCCUGAGAAGCUCCAAAACUGGGAUUUCCUACCCAUCUGGAUGCACUCCCUAGAGCCCUGGGACAAUAUAAUUAUGUCUUCGCUCUCCUUUUGUGGGAAACACUGCUGCGGCUUCUGCAAGUGCUGCAAAGUCAAUGUGGAACAAGAGGGUGCCAAAGACAAGCAGCUGAAAACUAUGGAGGUUUAUGAAAACACCAUUGCGAUGGCUGAUGAAGAAAGAGGUGGAAGAAGGGCACCAGCUGCAGCUUGUGUUGAAAAAACAGGCACAAACAACACGGCCUUAUAG